AUGAUAAUUAAACAUUAAUCUCCUCCUAAUUAACACCAAAAAUGGGGGAUCAUCUCCUUCUCAUGCUCUCCUCUCUCCUCCUCCUCUCCUCCGUCGCCUUCUCCACGGCCUCCUCCUCCUCCUCCUCCUCCUUCCCUCCGGUGGUCGACGUCGAUGGCCACGUGCUCAUGACGGGCAAACCCUACUACGCACUCUCCGGCCUCCUCCGGCACCCCCUCGGCCUGUGCUUGCCAGACGACGUCGGGCAGAACGACGUCGUCCAGUGCCCCUUACUCAAGCACGACUCCCGCGGUUUCCCUGUCGCCUUCACACGCGUCAAAGACGACGACGGCGAUGAAGACGACAGGGAACACGGACGCGUCGUCCGAGAAGACACUUUCUACCGGGUCCAGUUCUGGGACGACAACGACAACAACAACGACAACGACAACGACAACGAAAACAACAACGACGACAACAACAACAACGACAACGACAACGAAAACAACGACGACGACGACGACGACAACGACAACAACUGCGGUGGCGACGAUGGAGAGAUUGGAGGCGUGGAGGAACGGCGAAGACGGCGACGUUCGGACACGACGAACGUUUGGUACUUGAAGAAAGGGGAUGUGUCGAGGCGGGUGUUUGUGGCGGUAGGUUCGAAAUCUAACGCCGUAAAGAGUGUACGAUUUGCUAUCAAGAGAGUGACCCUUGGCUACAAGUUGGUUUAUUGCGUCCAAAGUCCGAAGCGGAAGGGAAGCUCCUUCCCUGCGUGCUUUGGGGUUGGGUUGAUUCGGGUUGAUCGGUACAACCAUUUGGGUAUCGGGCUGGGUGCUCGCCCGGUCCAGUUUUUCUUCAAGAAGAAGACCGAUGAUGAUGAUGAUGAUGAUGAUAUGCCACAUAUCCCAGAGAUGAGCCGCCAUCUAGUGGUCAAUAACACUAAUACUAAUAAUAUCAAUUAAUAUGUAUAAAUAAAAUUGAUAAUGGUUA